CACGUGUGUAAAAUAUACUCAAUAAAAUCAGAAAGGCUUUGUGCCAACCGGUGCCGAUGGAGCAGGGCCUGCAAAUGCGUGAACGUUUUCAUGCCCUGUCAUGUCGGACUCAUUUGUCCGGCUUUAUUCCUACUUUGCAAGUCGACACCCAGGGUUGCACCAUGGUGGUUGUUUUUCCAAGAUGUACUGCUGCUGGCGGCACAGUGCCCAGGCACGAACUGGUGGACAAACCACUUACACGGGCAAAAAGGAUCUUUCACACCUUUUCCUGCGACAGCAAGUCCACGUGUGAAAGGUUGAAACAUAUCAAAUCGGAUGAUGAGGCUGUUCGCAUGGAGCUGUACCAGCAGGACAUCCGUGAUAGGUUUAUUGAGAUUCUGACUGAGUCGGGUUUGGAAGCCAGCCAGUUCGCCAGUAUUGACCAUGAUGAAGACUUCUUGAAAAUACAUCUUCCAGAAAGGGGCCCCACGAUCGAGUUCAUGGCCGAUACUUUACACUACCUCAUGCCAUUGGACAAAUCAGUUUACAAAGGCAUUGAGGCCCAUCAUCCUUAUCCUGGAGGCCAUCCAUUGCCGAAUAAUGACUCACAGGAUGUGUUGGCUUAUGCUGAAUUCUCAAGAAAGGAGAAGAACAACUUUCAAGAUUUUCGAUCGAUAGACAGCGUUCGAAUAUUGAGUUUUUGGUUGCAUGAGUGGGUGAGUUUGGAUGAAAUGGAACGACAAGGAGUUGUCAGUUGUCAUUUUCCUUGUCCGGAUCAAAUUGAAACCCAGAAGAUUCAUGAUGAGCUCCUCUCGGCACGGAAAUGGCUUACACUCAGUCCACAUCACAGUGCCGUUUAUAUUCGUGAAUACUUUGGAGAGGAGAUUGCCUUUUUCAUUGGAUUCUUGGGACAUCUCUGCCGGUCAUUCUUCUUUCCUGGAGUCGUCGGGCUUUUGUUCCUGAUGGUGACCCUCACAAUCACAAUGGAAGGGCACAGGCUAGAUGGACUGAGGACCUUUCUUUGUGUGCCUCUUUCAGUUUGGGCUGCAAGCACACUUCAUAUGUUCGAGCGCAAGACUGCCAGAAUCAAGCAGGUUUGGGGAGUGAACGAGCGAGAAGCGAGGGAAAUGCCCAAUCCAGAUUGGGAUCCAGACCACACUGGUGAGUGUGGCAAGGUCUUGUCCAGCUUCAUAACAGUAUGUUUUAUAGCGAUCUAUGUGGCGGUGAUUUCAGCUCUCUUGGCUUGGCAGUUCCAAUCUGUCAGGGAAUCCAAAGCCGUCUUCCAGGGAACUUCACUCAUCCUGAGCAUCCUAAUCAAAGCUGGAGGUCUUGCUUGGAGAUAUCUUGCACCACUGGUCGUGAGCUUGGAGAACCGUCGGACACUAAAAGGCUACGAUGAUCAACUUGCCUUUUUGCUGUCUGGAGUCAAGCUCUUGAUGACCAACUUCCCCUUCUUUUACAGCUGCUUUCUAACCAACCUAGUUGAGACUCAGUGCGGGCAAAGCUUCCAAGAGGUUGCGUCUAAAGUUUGGAUUGGCUACAAUGAAAGUCUCAUCGAUAGCUCGGUCAAGGAGGCUCUUCUCAAGUAUAGCUUCACUUGGGAGACGCGAUUUCGAAGUGAAUACGGAACUUCAGUUUGUAUAAACGGCUGCUUCCCUCCAGACUGGCAGCAUGCACGGGCGGAUUCCAGAACAAACUGUGACUACGAUGUGAGCGCAAACUUGCUGACUUACUUUGUGUUUAUGCUGGUCCUGGACACUCUCUUUUUGAUUUGGCCAAUUGUCAUGGCCCGCUGGGAGAUGCACAAGGAGUACAGAAAGGUGCAAGAUUCAGAUUCCGGCGAAUCAGAUUUGCCAUAUUCAAUACUUCAAUGGGAAGCCAAGAAGUUUCGCUACAUCUACGAUUCGUGGGGUGGCGAUCGAGUGAAUGACUUCUUAGAUUUGGCUGUUGCUUAUUCUGUUGUUGCUUGCUGGGGAUGCAUUGUGCCGCCUAUUGCCACGCUAGCGCUCAUCGUGCUGUUCAUUUGCUUGCACCUCCGAAUCUACAGGAUGCUGUAUGUCACACGGCGUCCUUAUCCACAUGCCAGUGCUGGCCUUGGCAUUUGGAAGUCCAUCUUCCUUUACAUAAACAAGACAGCUGUUGCCUGCAAUGUGGCCCUGGCAGCCAUUUUCUUUUAUCCGAUGCGUUUGCAAGGGCCUGGUGAGCAGUUGAUCCUUUUUAUUGUUGCAGAGCAUGCGUUGCUCUUGCUGCAAGAAGCUGUCUACUUUUUCAUUCCAGAAGAGCCGUCCGACGUCAUUUCGAUCAAGUAUUUCAAUCGACAUGUCCUUGCGGUUCUGCAGCGACGUCGUGACCAAGAGAACCUCAUACCGCUGCAAAAGAGUGUGUUGAAUCACAUUGAUUUGACGCUGAAUCCGGACGGCUUGAACAGUGAAUGUUCUGAUGACUCUUCAGAGGGUUCGCAGACGGCAAGAAGCUUACUUCCCUGAUGACUCUACGUGAUUUUGACCGCAAUGCCUUCGUG